UCCAUCGGCACUUGCAUAACUAAAUAUGCUUCCAGACAAGGUCACAAUCCGUGUCUAACCGAGUGUAAACUAUUUAACAUCAUAUUGCAUAACUAUUUAAAACUGUUUCCGAUUGACGUCAGUCUUCUAGAAAGGAUUUUGUAAACUUUUCUGCUCAUCUUAUUGCACCUUCGAGUUUCACAGUCCUCGGCGCGGCUGACAGCCAGUCAAGCUGUCAUGAAUUACUCCCGGUUUUUCACCGCUGUGAGUGCUGCAAGGAAGCCAUCUCCUAUUCGCAUAAUAACUGAACUUCAGCAGCGGUCACCCCCUUCUGUCAUCUCACUGGCCGGCGGAGCCCCCAACCCUGACACCUUCCCCUUCCACUCUGCCACCGUCAAAGUGAAGAAUGGGGCGAGCAUUGUGCUUGACGAGACAACAAUGAAAAGGGCUCUCCAGUACUCUGCCUCCAGUGGGAUACCAGAACUUCUGUCUUGGAUGAAGACCCUCCAGAGGAAUCUCCACAAUCCACCAACAGCUUCAAACAGUGUGGCGGGAGGGCAGAUGGACAUCUGUGUGACCACAGGUAGCCAGGAAGGCCUCAGCAAGACUUUUGAGAUGCUUGUUACUCCCGGGGACAACGUUCUUCUAGACGCGCCCACAUAUUCUGGGACUCUGGCAGCACUUCAGCCGUUAGGUUGCAAUAUCAUUAAUGUCCCAAGCGAUCAGUUCGGAAUGAUCCCGGGAGCUCUGAGGGAGAUCCUGUCCAGGUGGGACCCGGCAGAUGCCAAAAAGCCAGGCAGUACAGUUCCCAGAGUCCUCUACACCAUCCCUAAUGGGGGAAACCCUACUGGUGCUUCAAUGACCGCUGAGCGCAAGGCUGACGUCUACCAGCUUGCCAGAGAAUACGACUUUCUUAUAAUUGAGGAUGAUCCUUACUACUUUCUACAGUUUCAGAAGCCCUGGGCUCCUACGUUUCUGUCCAUGGACGUGGACGGGCGGGUCAUCCGGACAGACUCCUUCUCAAAGAUCUUGUCAUCUGGUCUUAGGAUCGGGUUCGUGACUGGGCCCAAGCCCCUUGUGGACAGAGUGGUUCUGCACAUCCAGGCCUCUACCAUGCACACCAGCACCUUCACACAGCUUAUGGUUUCCCAGCUGUUGCAUGGGUGGGGACAAGAGGGCUUUCUGAACCACGUCGACGGUGUGGUGGAGUUCUACAGAAAACAGCGAGACGCAAUGCUCUCCUCUGCAGACAGAUGGCUUAAAGAUUUGGCAGACUGGCACACCCCGGCGGCUGGCAUGUUCCUCUGGAUCAGGCUGAAGGGCGUCGCAGACACCCAGCGGCUCAUCAGCGAGAAGGCCUUGGAGAAAGAGGUGCUGUUGAUCCCUGGAGGAGUAUUCAACAUCGAUAGCUCAGCACCCAGUCCGUUUGUAAGAGCUGCCUUCUCGUUGUCCACUCCUGAGCAGAUUGACGAGGCUUUCAAGAGACUGGCUUCUCUAAUCAAGGAAGCCUUAUGAAGAAAUCAACAUGAAGAAAUUGAUUUUCAUUGAAAGAAAUGCAAAUGGAUUGUAAUUAAUUGGAAUAACUUUCACACAGGUAUGCUGUACCCUGAGAAUUGGUAAAAGUGUAUUUAUAGUAAAAUGCUUUCAUAAAUACUACUUUGAUACAGAACAAUAAAGUUAUUCUCCUGAUUGUUUUCAUUUAAAUUACAUUUAAUAUAUUUGUAGGCCAUCUCUGAUAAUUAUCUGCUGACUCCAAAUGUCUUGUAAAUGGUAAAUGGCAGGCAUUUAUAUAGCGCCUUUAUCCAAAGCGCUGUACAAUUGAUGCUUCUCCAUUCACCCAUUCAUACACACACUCGCACACCGACGGCGAUUGGCUGCCAUGCAAGGCCCCGACCAGCUCGUCAGGAGCAUUUGGGGGUUGGGUGUCUUGCUCAGGGACACUUCGACACAGCCCGGGUGGGGGAUUGAACCGGCAACCCUCCGACUGCUCUUACUGCCUGAGCCGUGUCGGCCCACAAUUUUUAAAUGUAUUUGUUUCAAAUGACGGUGGAACCUUUCUGUCAGUUUGGUCGCAAGGACAUGCAACAGUUGUGUUUAGGUGAAUGGAAACAGUGGUAGACAAAUUUCAUAAGCACCUUUUUAGCUCUAACUCUCUUUGGCUGGAAUGCCUUGCUGGUAUGUUGGUGAUGUUUACCCUUUGUUGGCAAAGGGUAUUAUGCUAAAGAGGGAGAGUUUAUUUGUUUGUAGAUUCAAUCAAUAAAAGCUGAAAAGGUUG